AAGUUUUUCUCUGGUCGUCUCUGGUGAUUCUGGUGCCGGUCAUCGUUGUUGCACGGGUCGAGAACCGCGAAUUCGUCGAUGAGCUUACUUGGCCAUUUAGGUCAACAAAACCGCGCAAGAACCGCAUUUCUGUUUUGAGCCGGUCAAUUUUCUCGGUGGAAAUAUGUGGCUAGAGGAGUGCGACAGUUUUGCUGAACUAUGCCGGGGAUAUUUGCCAUACUAUCUUUUAAUAGUUUUGCCGAUCUUUAUCAUCAUCUCUCCGGUGAACCCGGUGACCGCCUCCCAUGAGUUUCCUGUGUUUCGUAUGCAUCAGUAUGAUCUGCACGGAAUUCCACACGGUUGCCGAAGUGCGCCCAUUUCCUUGGAGGCGAGGUCUCUAGCUGGCUGGAGUACCUCUAGACACUGCGUCGUUGCGAAAAUACUGGAUAUUACACCGUUCGUCUUUCAGUCCAUUAGAAGUAAGGCUGGUGCGUUGGUGAUUGUUUUACCCAAGAAAAUAAGUGAACUUACGACGGAGGAAAAGCAACACAUUAUGAGUCUAGAAGAGUCAAUGAUGUAUGGUUCUGAGACAAUGAUACCAGUGUACUUUGCACCAUGGCAUCCAGAACUUCAAAUAAUUUUAGACGAUAUUGCGGGUGGUUUUAUCACGGAUGAAAAGACUGGUUCGGCAGCAGAAGCUAUAUAUAAUUCAAUUUCAGCUAGUGGUUACCAAGUGGUAGUAACCACUGGGCAGGCACUUCCUAAAACAGAUGUUAAAGUUGCCACAUUGCAUGGUAAAUUAACUGGAACUGGUACCGAAGAGAAAUUACCUACCAUAGCAAUAGUGACAUAUUACGAUAGUACUGGUGUGGCACCUGAAUUGUCAUUCGGUGCGGACAGUAAUGCUUCCGGUAUAGCUAUGCUACUAGAAAUAGCGAGGCUGUUCUCUGCUUUAUACUCCACUGGUCGGACAAGACCACAAUAUAAUCUCGUUUUUAUCACAACUGGAGCUGGUAAAUUAAAUUAUCAAGGUAGUAAGAAAUGGUUGGAAGAUCAAUUAGAUGGGGUUGAAGGUUCUAUUAUACAGGAUGCAGCUUAUGUAAUAUGCCUUGAUACAGUUUCCGCUAGCAAUAAUUUAUAUGUACAUGUAUCGAAACCACCUAAGGAGAAUUCAUCGGGUGGUUUGUUUUACAAAGAACUUAAAACCGUUUCGCAAUCAUUUAACACUAUCACUGUUGAUGGCGUGCAUAAAAAGAUAAAUCUUGCAGAAGAGACAUUAGCUUGGGAACACGAAAGAUACAGCAUUCGAAGAUUGCCAGCUGCUACUUUAUCUACAUUAAAAAGUCACGAAGAUUCAACUCGAACUACUAUAUUAGAUGUCUCUAAAGAAGGACAAGUAGACAGAUUAUAUAAGCAUACCCAAAUUGUAUCGGAAGCAUUGGCGCGUCAUAUAUAUAACUUGAGUUCUAGUCAAAUAUUUGCUGGUCCAUUGGAUGUAUCAAAAGAAUCACUCUCUUUAUGGUUUAAUUACUUUGCUUCUCAACCAAGAGCAGCAUCAUUAUUAACAGAUAAAAACAAUUUACUAGUUGGUACUUUGAAAGAAGCAAUGGCGAGAUAUUUAGGGGAUAUGAAAGUUACUUUUCACACUCCCGAUAAACAAGAUCCAGAAUUUGUGUUUUAUGAUGUUACAAAAGCAACUCUGAAUGUAUAUAGUGUGAAACCGGCUGUGUUUGAUCUCUUUCUUACUAUCGGCAUAAGUUUGUACUUGGGAAUAUUGUACAUAAUUGUGCAUAAUUUUCCACAUGCUUAUGCUCUGGCAACGCGAUUUUCAGCAAAGAGCAAGACGACGUGAACCUUAUUUUGUAUUUAUAAACAAAGAAACCUGAGCCUUUUUUGAAUAUCAAUGUCCAGUAAUGUUGAAUAAUCGAUUUAUAUUGUAAGAAA